GCGGCGGCCGCGGGCGCUCCCACGGCUCCAUUGAUGCGGAGCCGCCGCGGCGGGAGCGGAGCCGAGCGGAGCGGAGCGGGAUGAGCUGCGGCGAGCUUUUCCAGGUGUGCAGCGGGCGGGCUGUCGCCCCCCCAGCCAUGCCCGUGGACCUGGCCGUGCGGCUCUGCCUGAGCCAUUCGCCCCCCAUCCGCAAACUGCUGAACUCCUACGAGGAGCUGCGGGGCAGCCGAGGCCGCAAACCCCUCCGAUCCUGUCUCAACCAGAAGCUGAGCGCAGAACCUGAGCCGGAGCGGCGGGAUAAGGGCUCCAAGGGCCAGAAGAAGAAGAAGCAGGUCGUGUUUGCUGAUAUGAAGGGGCUCUCACUGACAGCUGUCCGCUUCUUCUCAAAGAUUGAGGAGGACCUCUCUGAUUUGCAGCAUGCCCUGUCGGACCUCGCCUGUUUCCGACCUAGGAAAAGCUCCCAGUGGGAAGCGUGCAGGUACGUGCUGGACUUCCCACAGCCGUCUGCAGACUACGUGGCUUUCCGCAGCAGCCUGCAGAGCAACUUCGUGUGCCUGGAGAGCUGUCUGAUCCAGGGCCGUGCUCUGUCAGGGACGGUGAAGGUUCAAAACAUCGCGUACGAGAAGAAAGUGAUGGUCCGCAUCACCUUUGAUGGCUGGAAGAGCUUCCGGGACAUCUCCUGCCAGUACAUGCACAGCACGUACGGCUCAGCUGACACGGACAUCUUCUCCUUUGAGCUCACCCUGCCCAAGCCGUCCAUUUCCCAGAGGGGCGCAGAGUUCUGCAUCUCCUUCCAGUGUGGACAAAAGACCCAUUGGGACAACAACCAUGGGAAGAACUACAAGAUCUGCCACGUGGGCAUGAUCCGCCCUGCCUCCUGUGCUGUGAAGAGUGCCAGCAGGGCCUGGGAGCAUCUUGGCACCUCUGGGGCUGCUGCUCUUGUCCUUUCUCACCUGCAGAGCUGGCGGCAUUCAGAGACCCAGGCUCCUUAUUGGUAGGAAGGCAGUGUGGGGAGACAUGUAGGUGCCCUACGUGUCCCAAGUGGUGCGAGGCUCCUUAGGGAGGGCUCAGCUGCAGAAGAUGCCACUCACGGUUUUGUUAGCUCCCUCAUGGCCUGCUGCUCUAUGAGCAGCUGCCAGUCGCUGCAGAAGCUUCUUCACUUCUUGCUCCUGCUACAGAGGCUGGAAGCUGCUGCUUGGAGUAACUCCUGCGUGUAGGUUCUCAGGGCAACACGAGAGCAGGGCAGCGACAAGGGGAGGGCCGGGAGCCGCACUGCCCGCUGCUGCCCAAGUGCCUUGUGUGAAGGGAGCUACAUCCAAACCGCGCCCCGAGAACGGCUCACCGCGGGCUUACAGGGCCAGGAGCGGCGGGGUGGCUCCGGUUUGUUGGUGCUGUAACGGGGAGUUAAUAAUAAAGUGACGGCGCUUCUCCA